UGCUCAGCUAGGCCCCGCCUUCCCCCGGUCAGAUUGUCCAUCGACGCCCUUCCCUCGCACCAGUGCGUCAGAGUGUUCGUGGGCUUCUGGGAUUUGUAGGCUGCUCCUCCCACAACGCCGUGGCUUCCCUUGCAGUUUCCGGCACCCGUUAAUCCUCCAAGUCUUCCAAGCAGCAAGUUAAUUGGCAAAGCGGCUCCCUUGCACCGUAAUAUGUCCUAAUAAAGCCUUUAGCCUCGUAACAUUAUUAAAACAGCAAAAGCCUACUGAUCCCAUCCUGCUCUGCGCGGAGAAGGCUCUGUGGGUCCCUGGUUAGAGAGCGGGGAGCGGAACUGACAUGGCCCGGCCAAUGGCGCCGGUGCCCAGCUCUCAGAAGGCCUUGAUGCUGGAACUCAAGGGGCUACAGGAAGAGCCGGUGGAGGGGUUCCGGGUCACCCUGGUAGGCGAGGGGGAUCUGUACAACUGGGAAGUGGCAAUCUUUGGCCCCCCAAACACCCUCUAUGAGGGGGGCUACUUCAAGGCUCGCUUAAAAUUUCCAGUCGAUUAUCCCUACUCCCCUCCUGCAUUUCGUUUUCUGACAAAAAUGUGGCAUCCUAACAUCUAUGAGAAUGGUGAUGUAUGCAUUUCAAUCCUGCAUCCUCCAGUGGAUGACCCACAAAGUGGAGAGCUACCUUCAGAAAGAUGGAAUCCUACCCAGAAUGUGAGAACAAUCCUGCUCAGUGUCAUCUCUCUGCUGAAUGAGCCUAACACUUUCUCUCCAGCAAAUGUGGAUGCAUCAGUUAUGUACAGAAAAUGGAAGGACAGCAAAGGACGUGAUAAAGAAUACACAGACAUUAUCAGGAAACAGGUUCUGUCAACUAAGGCUGAUGCUGAACAUGAUGGCGUGAAGGUCCCUACUACUUUGGCUGAAUAUUGUGUAAAGACCAAGGCUCCUGUUCCAGAUGAAGGUUCUGACCUUUUCUAUGAUGACUACUAUGAGGACGAUGAAAUGGAGGAAGAUGAGGACAGCUGCUAUGAAGGCCAGGAUGACUCUGGCAAUGAGGAAUCUUGACAUUGUGUGUUCGUCCUCCAUGCACCUGCCACUUCUUGGGCCCCUUGCUCAUUAUUGCAACAAUCUGCAUAUUUUUCACCUUUAAUUUACCAGGGUUCCGCAAGCAACCACGGAAAGUACUGCUAAUGCAUAAUAAAGUCACCUUAUGUGUGAUCAUAGUUCUGGAGAGAAAGGGAGGUUUGUUUUUUUUUUAAUCCACCCUUUUGCAAAACAAUCACAAGAACUGCUGCAGUUCAUAUUUAAGCCACAGGUUGGCAGUAGACUUCAGCAAAUCCUGCUGUACUGACUGCCCUUAUUUUCAGAUUUACUGGUUGCAGAGCAGGGCUAGAAUCAAAGGCCAUGGUGGGUGGAUAUAUAUUUGGAAGGCUGAUAGAGUGGAUGCUUUAGCUGCAAGGUUUUUUUUCUGCUGUUCUGGGCUCGUCACUCACACUGUGCAUUUACUGACUGAUGUUUGGUUUUUUUUUAUGUGGGAGGAGGUAGAGGGUUAUUGUGUGACUUUUUCUUUCCAUUUUUUGUUUCUUUGCAGGGUUUCUUGUUUGGUUAUUUAAUAAUAAAUACUGAAAAGUAAAUAUCUUCAUUCUAGUUUUGCAUAACAAACAAUCAUACAGGGGUGAUUCUGAGCCCCAGCAUUACAUGUUAUUGGGAUAUGCUCAAAGGAACAGACCAGGAAGAAUAAACAAACCGUAAUGCUGUA